GCGACCCAGAGAGAGGGAGGAGACCGGGCCCUGCGUCGCUAGGGGGGAAAAAAACGGCUUCUGCAAGUUAUGGCUCCGCCGGGGGAGAAGACUCCUCUUCAUCCGCUAGCGGGCAGGGGACCCCCCAACUUCUCCCCUUGGGGGCAGGACGACGCCCGUGCUUCCUCUGCGCCUGUCGUGUGUCAGCAGAGGGAGACCCGUCCCGGGCAAGGUGCCCGAGGCGGGCGACGUACGGCAUAAAGCCCCCAGAUGAGACCGGUACCCCGACUUUGGCCAGCGCCCCCCGUGCGUGAAGAGGGAGGCUCAACUUUCCCGAAAGUGACAGAGGGGCUCGUGGAGAGACUAAGCCUUCCCUGCACUUAUUUUUCCCCUGCACCCCCAAGGUGGGGCGGUGUGGGGGGGGGAUCCUGAAUUUCUGGUGCUAAGAGGCCCCAUGGAAUCCCCUCAUGGAGAGUCUGACUGCAGCGUCUGAGUCUGGAAAAGCGGGCUCCUCACCCCAGGUGCAGGAGUGUUGUGGACUUGCGAGGGCCUGAUCCUUAUUGGUGAACCGUUUGGUGUAAGACUUGACUCCAUAAUCUGCAGCUGGCCCAAUGCUGUCCUCCGGAACAGAGACUCAGCCAGCUCCGCUUGAUUCCUCCGUGUCUGCCGUGGUACAGGAGUUAUACCCUGAACUCCCAGUAAGUGUCUCCAAAGAGCCUCCUGCUGACUCUGAGCCGAGUGUCAUUCCAGAUAGGAAGCCUGGAGCCCCAAGCUCUCUUGUGAGUCAGAGUAGGGCAUUGCCCUGGGAGCUGCAGAGGACUCACGCGGAACGCUGUUGUGAAGAAACCUCUGAGAGCCUGCAUCGUGGGGGUGCGCCUGGGAGGUGCGGGCUAGUGGACCCCACGGCAGGAGGGUCUCUGGAUUCUGGGAUCUUGGCUAGGAAAGAGAAAGCCAAGAGCAUGGAGCUAACGGUCUUCAGAGCUGAAGGGGACCAGGCGGAAGUUAGAAGAGCCCCCUGUGAGGGAGUGAAGGAAGAGCCUCGUCAGCAUUGCGCAGCUGCUGGAGACAGGAUCCGCCCGAGCCAGGAGGACCUCCUGAUGCAGUCCAGCAAAGAACUUGCAUGCACAGGCCUCCCUGGAGACUUUCUAAGGAAUAAAGAGCGAAGUGUGCAGAUUAUAAAAGAAAGCCUGGUAGAAGCCCCUGCAGAAGUACAAGGUAUGAAGGUCAAUGGGACUGAGACGGACAGUAGUGAAGGCCACGAGAACGGCAAUGUGAGUACAGGUCUCUCAGCUGGGCACAGCAAAGACCCAGACGUAGACAGAACCAUGGCCAGUGGUGAGGUUUCAGAAACCAGCACGUUAAUUUCCCUAAAGCCUUUAAAUUUUAUGGACCCUGGAUUAACAGAAGCAACUCCUAAGGAAAAAGCAUGUGAAGAAUUAAAAACUUGUCCUUCUUGGUUGUCAUUGUUACCAGGAAACAGUGCCAUUUCCAAAGUGGACAAUGGGAAGGAAGAGUUGUGUAAGUCAAACCCCGUCUGUGAAGCAGACAACAGUCAGCAACAGACACUUGGCCACCAUAAGGAAAAACACAGUUCUGCACAUGGUAAUCCCACAGCCACGAGAAACCCAGGCGCUGUAGAAUCCUCGGGAGAAGAUUCAGAAGUUCCAUGUUGCACAUCAAGUCUGACAGGUCCAGAAUCCAGAAUAACGUCCUUAGAAAAAGGUAGUUUUGAAAAUGAUAGUUUGCUGAAGGGAUCUGCUGAAAAGACAGACAAUUCCUAUUUUGGUGGGGAUGAUCAAAGUAAGAACUUGGCUUCUAGCAAAGAAAAUGGAGCACAGCUUUUGAGUCCUGUUAGUGAGCGAGGGGAAGGGGAACUCUCCAUUAUUAAUGGCAGGCAGCCAGUCAGGGAUGCCAGUGGUUAUUGUUCUGGUGAGAAAGAAACUGUUGAUUCUCCAAAAGAAGAUAUCCACAGUAACCAUUGCGUGCAAGGCAGUCUCCAUGCAGAGAGCCCUGUAUCCUCGGUGCCCAGUUCUUCUGAAGCUGUGGACGUAGUGUUCAAAAACAGCGAUUUGAAAGUCACUUCAGAUACUCAAGGUAACUUGACAAACCCUAAAGACCACAGAGAAACUUUGAGUGCUGUGAGCCACUCUUUCAAACAAAACAGUUUUUCCUCCUUGGUGCAGAUUGAGGAGCCAAAACGGACAACCACUAUAGAACGUGAUGUGUUACAUGAAAAGAUUUGUAGUGAAGACUCUGACUCCUCAGUCAGCGUCCAGAGAAAUCUGGACGGUGACACUCAGUUAAAUGAAGUAUCAUGUCGUGAUUUUCUGCCUGAACGAAAAUCCCUUCUGAGUUUAAGGCCAGAAGAUCAGAUAAGUUCUAUGCCUAAUGAUGGAGCCAAACCCCAGGAAGGUACUACUCAGUUACAAACAUCUCCAGAUUUUGAUUACAGAGCUGAGUCAGAAAAAGGUAUACAGACCUCACAGGGUGAUAUUCCACGUUCAGAUGAACAGAGCAUUACCUGUGAGAUGAAUAAACUUUCUUAUACCAAUGAACUCGUUGUAAACAAACUCGAAAACGAAUGUGUUUUUAAUCAAGUGUCCCUUAAUUCUCAAGACCACACAAAGUUGCCAACAGAUUCUGUACUAAGUAGAAACAAAGAGAUGCCUUUCCCAGCAAGCGAGGGUGUCCAACAGAGCCAUGAGCCUCCUUCAGAGGACGGAGCAGAUGUCAUUGCUGGUACUCGGACCAUUCCCUUUGAGACAAAAGCAAAAGACAACUCUCCACCAGGUCACAAGACCUGUGGUGCCUCCUCAAACAGUCCAACCUUAAACAUCAAACCAGGAAGCCUUGAAAGAGAGAGAGAAACGGCUGAUUCAGGAACUGCAGAUCUACAUUCCAGGCUUCUCUCAGAUAAGAAAGAAGCAGCUGGUUCACCUCAAGAGGUCAUAGAAUGUACGAAUGUUCCGUCUCAGCAUACCUCCAGCUGUCAUUGUGUGAGAAAAAGUGUACCAGAGGAGAACACGUGUCCCACCUGCGCUGCCUUUGUGUCUGGCAGAACCGCUCUGUACAUCAAUAACUUUGCAGCCUCAAGACCCGAAAAUGAGCACCGUGUUCUCCGCUCCCAGAGAAGGGAGGACUUUGUGGAAAGUAGUGCCUGUAAAGUGAUGUGUACAUCAGAGGAAAGUGAACUUGAUGAGGUGGAAACUAAAGACAGCCUCCCAGGAGAUACGUUCAGAAACAAAACGGCAGCAGGGAUGUUAAACAACGGAUCGUCAACCAAAGCCACCGCUUGCAUCACGUCCAGUGGGGAAGGGGUAGAAAGAAAGGAACGAGAUCUACCCAGAGAGACUGUAUGUUGUAAAUACAACAUCUCUGAUUGUGCUGCACAGGGACUAAACCAAUCUGCAAACAUUCCAAGUUCUGAGAAGUUGCUGGAGCAGGCUCCUACUGUUACGUUGUCCAGUUUUGAAAACAUGAACCAAGCAGUUGAAACUGUCCAUCUUAAGGCAGAGGACGUCCUUGACUGGCAGAGUAAACAAAGCAGACCAGGUGGAUGCAAAUGUGAAGAUAGGCCAGCUGAGGAGGCACUGGGGAGGGAAGGGAUAGAGACCCUCACGGGGCCUCAUGGAGAAGGAAGUCACAACCCACAGGAUCAGCUCAGCACUUCAGGCAGUAGCGACCCUCUGUCUGGUGGUCCAAAGAAAGGCAACGCAGAAGGAGCCAUUGAAAGUGUUUCUGGUUGUGAAGAGUCCACACACGGUAUAGUAGGUACUGUCUAUGCAGCCUGUAGUAGUGAGCCUGCAAUAGGCAUGCUGGGUGUGGAAGCAUCUAGCACGCUUGGUAGUGCUGUAAGGCAAGGUAGAUUGACAUUCCAGGAAACCUUAAGGAGUACCUUGUCUCAGAGGGAUAUUGCAUGUACAGCAACAACUGACCAGGACUCAGCCUUCCCAAAUGCUGCUGCUUCUAGAGUAGAAUGUCUUGAAAUAAAAAAAUCAUGUGAAGAGCAAGUUUGCCAAUGUUUAAAAGACUGUGAAAUAGAAAAAUGUCCAGACUCUUGUGCCCAUAAGAUGCAUAAGAAGGAGUCUUUUGCAGAUCAUGAACCAAAUAUAAGAAUAUUGGACAGAGUAAAGCUGUCUUUAAAUGAUGUUUGUCCUGAACAGCAAAGUAAAGGAGCAUCUCUGAAAGAAGCACAAAGAAUGACCGAGGGGGCAAAAGCAGAAAUACAUGUUCACCUUGGCGAGGAAAACACCGCUAAGAUCUCCUCAAAAGAGUUGUCUUCCAGGUGCCAAGACGAGAACUCUGUUUCCUUCGGGAGACUGGAAUCCACUGAGAUAAUGCCUUUGUGUCCAUCUGCUCAAGAAAAAUCAGGAAAAAAUAUUAAAAGUGAAGACACUGCCCUGCAAAACAUUCUUAAGCCAAAAGAUGAUGAAAUGCUUUGUGAAAAUCUCAGGGGCUGCUCAGUUCUGCACGAGAAAGGGGAAGGCAUACCCAGGGAUGCGAGUAAUUGUAGCAAGGGAGACAGCACGUACAGCAGUGUGAAGAAGAAUGCUAGCACAGAGUGUCAGAGACGUUUGCCUUUGGCAGUGGAAACAGAAGCUAACAGAGAACCUGAAGAGUCUCAGAGUGGACGAGUGGGGCCCGGAACCAUUGGGGAGGCAUCUGAUGUGAGUACCAGAGAACAUGGUGGUGCUGUUGGCGGUGCUGGUGAUAACACGAGUGAGAUUUCCCAGGCCUUUACGUGCCCAAGGAGGCCCAGUGAAGCUGGAAAACAGCAAGGCGAGGCAACGUGCUGCGUGCUGCAGAAGGAAGAGGAGCAGACCCAUCAGAAAGGAGCGUUGGAGCAACACACAGCAUCUGAUGUGUUUUCAGAUGCGGCACAAACUAAGAACCAACCCAAAGCUGGCCAAGAUGAGUCUGCCAAGACGAAGGAAGUCACCGUAGCAAAGCCAGCCAAGGAGGACCCAAAGGAGGAAAGCUCCUGCCAUCCGUUAAAGGACGCUGAGUUGUGCAUGGGCCCCUGCCUCCCUGGUGACCCCCAGGAAGUGCAGGAUCCCUCCUGCGCUGGGUGUGGUCCGAUCCGUGGUGCCUUUGGGAACACUUCCCGUCAGAAGGGAAUGCUUCCUAUAAAGAAGCAGCCCCACCGAAGGUGUAAGAGAGUUUCCUGUCAGGAGCAAGUCAGUGUGGGGAGAAAAAUGAGCAGGGCGAGCAGCUCUGCCCUUGUACAGGGUCCCUCUGCGCCCGUCCCCACAAAAGCCUACAGGCUUCUCAGUUCACGGCUUGUCUCUGUGCCCACACGAUUGGAGCCUGAAACCCUGCCUGCCAGGAGCUCCAUCAGCCACGUACCAAAGCAGAGGGCUACUCCGUGCCAUCUCCUGAGGAGCCUGAAUUUUAGGAAGCCUACCAAAGAAUCAGCCUUACUAACCAAGCUGUCUGUCCUGGCCUCCAAACUGGCCCCGGCCACAAAGACCCAGAAACUUACACGAUAUCGGCGGUGUUCCUCUGAACUUGUUCCAGUGGCUAAAAGCUUCAAGCGGCUCAGAUAUAAACGGCUCCUGGAUGGGUUUUCAUACAGUACGAUGCUGCUGAACCCACAUCUGGCAGCUGGCGCGUGGGAUAAAAGGCCUGACAGCAAGCCGCUGGCACUCUGUUCUCUCGAAGGCAUCAAGAUGAGCUUCGUCGACCUGGGCAACAAGGUGCCAUCACUGCUGUUUGGUUCCAGAGUCUUCCCAGUGUCCUUCCGUGUGAAGCCGGGCUCAGACGGCCCCACUGAGUCCGCGAGGGCUUUCCCUGAGCACUGUGCUCCCGCGAGGCUCGCCCUAGGAGAGGCCGCCCAGGGUCCGUCUCAACCUCCCAAGUGGACCUUCUCUUUCUUCCUGUCCCAUGGCUGCCCUGGGAUGGCCGCAUUCAGGGAAGACGCUGGCCUCCACCGUCAGGCCCACACUCAGGCCCCUCCCCCGCGGCCACCUCCUCUGCCAGACUGCGGGGGCACCGCCGUGGUCCAGCCCAGAGCAGACUGCUCUGUCCUUGGCCUUCACACGCUUCUCGCACUUUGUUCACCAGGAUGUUAUCGAAUCUGGACAAAAAAGCGGAGCUUCUCCAGUCACAUGCCUACUGUGCAGAGGCUCUUCCUGACCCAGUUUACACAGGGCUUAAAGGGGUUGAGGUCUCCAGCCUCCAUAGCAGACAAGAUCUUUUGUUCUCUGCCCUACUCGGUGGGCAGAGUGCUGUCCAUUUGGAGCCAGCAUGGACCUUCUGCCUGCUCCUUUGAAAUCUCUGCUCUCCAGUCCACUCGCAGCAAGGAGCAGCCCAGUCUGGACACCACAAGCAGCCACACCAUGUUACCAUAUGUGCCUCUUCCAGGCGUGGAAGCUCCAUACAGCACCAGCAGCAACCAGAUGAGGCUGGAGCCUUCGUUCGCUGCCUUGGUACCAAAGUCUUGCUUGGUCACGGAGCCAGCCGUCAGCAAGCUCCUGCUUACAGCCUCCGAGCUCCAAGUCCCUGCAUUUGCGGAGCUCGAUGGGGUGACGGCAGCGUGCCCACGACCACAGAGCAGCCCUCCAGAGGAGAAGGAGGCUGAGCCAGAGAAGAGGCCAAAGAAAGUCUCACAGAUUCGCAUCCGGAAAACCAUUCCUAAACCAGAUCCUAAUCUCACCCCCAUGGGCCUUCCUCGACCCAAAAGGCUAAAGAAGAAAGAGUUUAGUUUGGAAGAAAUAUAUACCAACAAGAAUUACAAGUCUCCUCCUGCCAACAGGUGUCUAGAGACCAUCUUUGAGGAGCCCAAGGAACGAAAUGGUACGCUCAUCUCCAUCAGCCAACAGAAGAGGAAGCGGGUCCUAGAAUUUCAGGAUUUUACAGUCCCACGAAAGAGGCGAGCCCGCGGCAAAGUCAAGUUGGCGGGCAGCUUCACCCGGGCCCAGAAGGCAGCUCUGCAGAGCCGGGAGCUGGAUGCCCUUCUGAUACAGAAACUGAUGGAACUGGAGACCUUCUUUGCCAAGGAAGAGGACCAGGAGCCCUCGGCAGGCUGUUGAGAAGCAGUUCAGUUUGGGAGUCUCCAUUUUAGAUGUUUUUAGAUCGCCCCGGAAGAGGUUGCCUAAUUUUGCCCUACCGCCCAAACCACUCAAGAUGCACAGUCCGUGAGUUUUUACCUACUUCAAGGUGCAGCCUUUUUAGGAACUGGUGAAGGAGGGAAGGAGGAUCCUCUACUUCUACUGCUGAGAUCAGAACCUCAGGAAUGCUCCCUUUCUCCUGGAACCGGUCCUGUCCCGAAUGGCAUCUUGCCGCACCCUCCAGCCUCUGCCAGCCACAGGAGGAAGAAGCUGCGUAUCUCAAGUAAACACUAGGAUUCCGAAGACUCCCCGCAUUUGCAUGUCCGUGUGAAAGUCCCGCUUUGUUUACGGUGGUGCUAAACCAAGAUUAUCUAGAAACGUGGCCCAGGGAGGGGGCCCCGGCGUCCUGUCUUGCGUGGUCUCCCCAGCUCCUGGCAGCCAUAGAGGAAGGAUGAGCUGUUGUGUUUUCUAGUCCCUCGAGUGUCUGCCCACAACCUGUUUGUGUAAGUGUGUGUGCGUGCGUGUGCUCGUGUGUGUGCGUGUGUGGCUUUUCCCCAUCAUUUUCUCCCCUCUGUGACUGUGGGUCACCAGUGCCAGAGGAGCCCGUCCAGGCCCCAUUCGGAGUAAGUUGCACUUUUUAAUGUUGUAAUGUUGAUUAUUUUCAUUUGUUUUAUUUCCUUUUUUUUUUUGUAUUAUUAUUGCUGCAUGUUUGGAGCCUUUAAAUGUGAUUUUUUUUAAAACAAUUUUCUAAAGACAUUAAGGAGAAAGAAAAUACACGUGUCUUACACGGUAGGCAUUGGACCCAGCUGAUGGGUGCAUGGAACAGAUAUUUUCUCAUCUGUGUGUUGCCAGCAGUCCCCUCCCCAUCUCCUGCUUGUUGGUAACUCGUGAGAGGGGGCGCCGUUUUCACGUGGGUUUCCUUCUUGCCCACUAGGUACAUGUGUUUGUUUUAGUGGUGGAAGAGCAGGUUUCUCUCCCAGUGAUUUUAAAGACUCCCAGGAUUGAGUGUGGUCCCAAUGGGUUUUAUCUGAAGUUGUGAAACGCAACAAAGUUGAAUACAACGGCUUGGGUGUUGAUGAAGGCCGACCCAGAGAUUGGUAGCUGUCAGAGCCACCUGCUCCCAAGGGCUGGGGUGGGGAGAGUCGGAGUAGUGGUUCAGACCCAGCGACCUGUUCUUGGGGCACAAUCAUGAAAUUCCACGACCGGCCCUGUCUUGAGGGCACCGCAUGUCCUGUGGGCUCCUGUGUCAGGCAUACUGGAAAUGCCAAAUGCCAGAGGUAGCCGAGUGUCUGGGUCUGGGCAGUGGGAAGCUGGGAGCUCAGCAGGCCUGGAGGUCUCAUUCCUUCCCCCUGAACCCUGUGUGCCCUGGCCCUGCUGCCCCCUCCUCUGCCUCCCUCGUGGUUUUUCUUUCUCUCAAAACGAGAGCGCAGAGAAUUGACAUUCCUUGGCUGGUGAGUGGGCUGCUAAAGGCAGCCUCAGGACACUGGUCACCUCUUCCUGUCCUCUCGGAGCCGGUGCCGUGAAGCAGCCGCCCGUGGGAACCAUGAGCACCAGGGGCGUUGCUGAGUCAGUCUGUUAGGGGAGAGCGAGUGGUGCCGUCCAGGAGUGUUGGCCGACUCUCCUAGGUUUCUUUGGCUUCCCCGAUUUGGUUGGGGUAGAGGAGGUGGGGGGAGGGAAUCGAGGGUGUCUUUGUGCCUUCCGCGGGUUGACAGUCUGUGCCACACUGGAGCAAAAAAAAAAAAAAAAAAAAAACUAAACUAAACUAAAUUAAAAAACUGACAUGAGCAGGAUAGAAAGUGCCACAUCUGUCUUUGCCGCCUGCUGCCUCAGACGUAGCAUUAGACAAAGUGAAGACAACAGCAUGCUCCGCUAAGGCUAGGGCCGAACAGGACUGAAAGAGCCACAUUCCCGCACCGGCUCUGAAUGGUCCUGGUCCGAUUCCGCCCGUGCCCGUCUCCCGUGCCCUGGCUGUGUGGACAGGACGGGUCUCGCCUCAGCACCCCUUCACUCCCUGGGGCGGGGCUUCUCAAACACUAGAUGCUUCUUCAUCUUGUUUAAGGAAGUGGGAGUUGUGUACUCUUAGGGAGCGUGAACUAGCCCUGUUGGCCAGCUCCCUUGCCAGCGUAGAUGAGGCGGUGGUGUCAUCCGGCCAGUGAAAAGUGAGGUGGGCGUAGCUGUGGAAUCACCAGCGUGACGGAGACGCAGCUUCAAGGUUGCCUGUCACAGGCGUGGCCCUGGACACAGCCUGGGGCAGUGAUUUGGAACCUCGGCCUCUAGGACUGCAGGAGAGAGACACCUGGGCUCCUUCCUUGUCCAGAGGUGCUGGGAAGAAGCUGCUCCGAGGCCAGCGCUGCCUGUCCUUGAAUUCUUGGUCCGCACCCUGCCUGGGGUGCCUCCACUGCUCGGAAGUUAAGGAGGCACCCCGCUCCACACUCCAGGAACUUCCCUGAAGUUGAACAUCGCCUUCCAGCCAGGCUCCGCCAGACCUGUCUUGACAUCCAGUUUUGCCACCUGCAGCGCUGUCAGUUGUCCUCAGAGCCUGUGGUCGCUGAGCAUGGUGGGAAACAGGUGAGCCGCUGGCGUGCCGCCCGCCCAGAGCCAGAGGAGUUCUGCACAGUUUGAGGAUGAGCUGGUUACAGCUCACUCAGCUACAGCUCACAUCUGCAGAUGGAGUUCUGAGUUCCCCGUCUGGGAAAGGGAGCAGGAGUCUCAGGUGCGCUCAGGGUUCUGCCUGUCAGCUUGUUCACCGAAGCUUUCCACUUUGCUUUGGUUUGCUUGCUUCGUGUCUUGUCAAUGUCUAGCUUAUAUUAGCCUCCCCCGACUCCUUUGGGCCUCAUCUCCCGUUCGUGUGAAUGUACCUCAUCACCUGUUCGAGCAGAUUAUGUCCGCUUCGUCUUACUGACCUUGCCGCUGAGGGAGGUGCGGUGGGAAGACGGGUAGCGUUUGCCUUACUCGGAGCCGGGAGAGCUCAGAAACGUAUGCUGUGAAUCCCAAAACCCAGCGCUCCUCCAAGAGCUGUGAAAAUCAUGAUACCUUCUCACACUUUUGCCUGAAAGGGUCUUUUUGCCCGGGUGCCAGAGCCGACCUAACAUCAAUUGCAGAUCCCCCACCCCAGCCCUGCCCUGGGCACACUGCUCCGCCCGCGGCUCGUUCCCCACCCACCGGAGGCCUGCAGCGGCUCGUCCGAGGCUGCAGGGCAGCCUCCAGCAGCACACGGCUGGGGCUCUGUCUCCAGGCCGGGAGUCCGCCUCCCGGCCAGCCCCGUGUUUCUGAAGGUCCGUGGGAGGCCAGCUUUUAGGCAGCGAUACUUUCCUCCUGGGGGGAGUCGGGAAGUAUGCAGUUGGUGCUUUCUUUAAUUCCUUUGUUUUGUCAUUUGUGUGCGCAUUUCCCCUGGUAUCAUGGAAAGGACCUCUCAAAUAACCACAUCAUGGCUGGCUGUAUCCAAAGUAUGCAUAAUUGACCGGAGGUGUGGCGCUUCCCUCCCUGAUUUCUCCUAAGGAGGGGCUCCUUGCCCGAACUGAACGUCUGCAUGUGAGAAGCUGCCUCAGGGAGAGACGUAAUUCUCCCAGCAUCGCGGUCCCGUGUCUACACCAGGCCACACACUGAGCAGCAGAAAGCGAUUUUGACUGUGAAGUGGGGAUCCCCAGGUGUGCAGCCUGCCGUCUGGCAGUGCAGCGUUCACACUGAAGCCUGUUAACUGUGUGUCUCCACAAGCCCCUCUCUGGUGCUGAAAUUGACCUGAAUUCUUGGUGAGAGGCCUCAGCGUCUCCCUCGGGCCAGCCUGGGCCAGAAAAUAGCUGCCUGACGUGUUCAUAUGAUCAUGGUCAAAAGUUCAGUGAAAUUUGUACAUUUUGGUAACAUUGGCAUACAUGAUGCCCCUGCAGUUCCUUUUCUUUUUGGUAGUUUGUGAUUCUAAAAUGCUCACUGUUAUGUGUGUUAAUUUAUGAAAAUAAAAAAACUUUUUUUUUUUUUUUUUGGAAACCUUUCAAAUAACUCUCUGGGCUAUUUUAUUGUUAUGGGUUGAUAAUGGAUUAAAAUUUCGCCGGCGCCGCGGCUCAAUAGGCUAAUUCUGCGCCUUGUGGCGCCGGCACACCGGGUUCUAGUCCCGGUCGGGGCACCGGAUUCUGUCCCGGUUGCCCCUCUUCCAGGCCA